AUGCGACCUCUCAUCCUCCUGUGCAGCUGCCUGGUCCUCCCAGGUUAUGGAGACCUCCUGGGCCCGAAGGAGGUCAGGGGGUUUGAGGGGGACACUGUGUCACUGCAGUGCACCUACGGGGAGGACCUGAAGCAGUACUCCAAGUACUGGUGUCGGGAGAGGAUAUUCCUUUUCUCCCGCUGCUCUGACACCAUCUACGCAGACGAAGACGGCCUGGAGAAGACGGUGGGCAGGGUGUCCAUCCAGAAUGACCCCCACCUGCACAAGUUCACGGUGACCCUGAGGGACCUCACCCUGGAGGACACCGGGGUCUACAUGUGCGGGGUCAGCAGGCUGGGCCUCGAUACGAUUUUUCUGGUCUCGCUGACCGUUAGCCCGGGGACCUCUCCUCACGCAGGGACCUCUCCCCCUGCAGGGACCCCCCGCCCGCUCACACAGCUGGACUCCACCGCAGCAGAGGACACCAGCCGGGUCCCCAGCAGCAACAGCUCCGAGUCCAGGGUGGCCAUCCCGAUGGCCCGCAUCUUGGCCCCAGUCCUGGUCCUGCUGACCCUGCUGCUGGCUGCAGGCCUGGCCGCCUUCGCCCGCUGCAUGUUCCAGCGGAGGAAGGAAGCUCAGCUGGCCGAGGGGAUGCAGAAGACCGAGAAGGUUCACCCCUCACACUUGGCUUCAGCCGAAGACGAAGCCUCCUUGCCGGACCCGGAGGAGGACGUGGGCCUGAAGUCUCCCCUGCACUUUUCCCAGGGGCAGCUGGGCUUCAUCCAGGUGUAG